AUGAAUGCUAGUGCGAACACUGAUGCCACCAAAAAGUAUGUCCUGGCAGUCCCCGAGCCUGCACUGGGCGAUACCCAUCCAGAGGAGCUACCACUCUCCGGAGACAAUCGGGGACCACAAGACGACGGACACUUGGGUGAAGUAGACGACAAUGAUUCUGACGGGGAACAAUCUGUGUCCGCUGAGCCACUGGGUACAUUGCCAUUUAAGAAGAAGCUCAAUAAUCUUCCGUACAUCACUUUUUUCACGAUAGGGAUUGGCCUUUUAUGGCCAUGGAACUGUAUCCUCAGUGCGUCUCAGUAUUUCAAGCACGAUAUUUUCAAGGACACGUCCAUUUGGGCCAAGAUCUUCACAAGCUCUAUGAUGUCGUUUUCCACCAUAUCCUCAAUGCUUUUCAACAUCUAUCUAGCCAAGAGACAGUAUAAGUACUCGAGAAGAGUCAUAAACGGACUUACCUGGGAGAUCGUAGUCUUCGUUAUCAUGUGCUUUUUCACAAUUUUGCAUUUCCUUUUGCCCAAAUGGUUCAACUUCUUUUUUAUUAUGACGCUCGUGGUCAUCAGUUCCAUGGGGACGGCGAUGACGCAGAACGGUAUUAUGGCCAUAGCCAAUGUCUUCGGUUCCGAAUACAGCCAAGGCGUCAUGGUUGGGCAGGCCGUCGCUGGCGUGCUGCCCUCCCUGGUGCUUUUUGCCCUGGCCUUCAUCGGAAACUCAUCGGUUUCUACCACGGGCGGGAUUCUCUUGUACUUCUUUACUACAACGUUUGUCGUUACCGUCUGUGUGGCGAUGUUUAGUGUAAGCAAGAUCAGCAGAAAGGUAAAAGAUGGUUGGAACACGGAAGAUGGACGCAUCAGCGACGUUCUGCUGGGGUCCCUGCGUUCCAACGAGGAGGAAAUCCGUGUUGUUGGACGCAUCGAUCAAGUGGACGAUGAAGACCAUCUCAACAACAGCGAUGAUAACGGUGACGACGGAGAGGAACUCAAGCUAAAAGUGCCCUUCGAAGUGCUGUUCGCCAAGCUAAAGUACUUGGUGCUUUCCAUAUUCACCACUUUUGUCGUGACUCUUGUUUUCCCCGUGUUUGCGUCUGCCACCUACGUAACAGGUCUGCCCUUGACCAACGCACAGUACAUCCCGCUCAUAUUCACGCUGUGGAACCUCGGCGAUCUGUACGGCAGGGUCAUUGCCGACUGGCCCAUGUUCCGUGACCAGAGAUUCACCCCACGCAAGACGUUCAUCUACUCGUUGCUGCGCGUGACUGCCAUUCCACUAUUCCUGAUGUUCACAGCCGUCACUUCAUCCUCAAGCGGCGACGAGGACCACAAUGGCUCCAUAGUCGUAGACCUGUGCUACAUGCUCCUGCAGUUCCUCUUCGGUGUGACCAAUGGGCACGUCAUCUCCAUGAGCUUUAUGAAAGUACCCGAACAACUGGACAACGACGACGAGAAGGAGGCGGCCGGUGGAUUCACCAAUGUCUUUGUCUCUACGGGGCUAGCUCUGGGGAGCAUCAUCAGCUACGUGUUCGUCUUCAUCAUUGACUCCAUCAUUAGAUAG